ACCUGGUACACGGUGGAUGAGUGAACAUCAACCUGCCGUCAGUCAUGUUUGAGGAAGCAGCGCACUCCGGUCCAGUGGGGGGCGUUACAUCUCUAAUGAAGCUAGCUUCGUGUAGCAGUGGAUGCGCACAAACACGACGAUGCUCGAAGCUGGACGCUAACUAUCCCAACAAACGGCUCGAUUUGUGCGAUUGUUAAGCUGCCAAACCUGUUCCCUGUGUGUCAGCCCUGGCGCCUUGAAGAACAUCUUAUAGAUGCAGUAAUGGAAGGUAGACCUCAAAAAACAAGAAAAAGAAAGCCCAGGAAGAUGUCGGAUGCUGUGUCAUCGCCGGCUGCAGAGGAAUCAGAUGCCAUGCCAGGCGGGGAUUUUGCCCCUGUCAGCCCAUCCAGUAUCAGUUCCUUACCAUCGACUCCAGAAAGAGCAAAGAGAAAACCAGGACAAACACAAGAAGCCUGCCUGACCUCCACACCAGUCCACAGCUCCUCCACAGACAUCCUGUCCAACAUUUUAAACUCCCCUCAUGGAGCAGAACAAGUGGGAUUAGAGUACACGAGAGUCACCACUCAGCUAGAGACAUCAGAGAUAGACUCAUCAUGCUCCAAGUCAAAAUCCCAAUGCAGAGCAAAGAGGGGUGGUGCUGGCCGGCCACAAAACGGUGGACAAAGGGCAUCAAACAAACGAUCGCACAUGUGCAGCAAAACCAACGGUUCUCCAGCCAAGCGCCGGCGUGGCAGGACGCGGAAGGAUGACACUUGCAAUUUAAAAGGGGAAACCGCUAAUCAGCGGUGUGAACGCUCGAGACCACGAUUUGAACUCCCUGAUUCAGCGGAGCAAGAUGACUCCUUGCUGUCCUCAGAUCUGUCAAUAGAGCUGAGUCACUAUGAGGAACAGCUUCCCUCAAUUUCACUCCAGGAAGAUGAAGAAAGUGAAGAUGAUGAGGAGGAAGAGCUCCCAAGUUACUUGAUGGAGGCAAAUAAAAAGCUCCCGUCCAUUAGAGAAGGUGUGUUUGUGUGGCACAAGUUUAGAAGUUAUCCAUUCUGGCCUGCAUUGGUAAAAAGUGUGAACCGUAAGCAGAGAAAAGCCAGUAUUGUGUUUAUUGAGUAUUCAAACCUUCAGAAAAAGAAAGGGUUUGCUGUGCCUCUGAAAUCCCUGAAGCCUUUUGACUGUGAAGAAGCUGAGGAGCUGGUGUGUAAAGCCAAAGAAAAUUUUGAUGCUGCGGUCACGUGGUCUUUGGAUCUCAAAACAGACUACGAAUUCAAAAUUGCAUGUGGCUCAUUUUCUGGCUCCUUCAUCGAGUACUUCGAUCAUGACAUGAGCUAUCCAGUGAGGAGAAAAUAUCCGCAGGCAGAAUCAGAGAGACUAACUAUCGCAAACGAUACGAUGAUGGAGGAGCCGUGUGACGAUCAUAAGGAGGACAGCUUUGGUGAACAGCAGGAGGAAGUCAGCAGGAGUUCAAAGAGACUACUGCCAGACCGGACCCAUGCUGCCCACAACCGUGCCAAUCAGAAGCUCGUACAUUUUAUUGUCAAGCAGCGCAUGGUGGAAGGACACCUCCUGGCUGUGAUCCGUGGGCAGCAGCAGUCCAGAUGGCUUCGCUCCUUUUUGAGCGCCAAUCGGAGACGGGUGGUGAACAUAUACCUGGAGGACGACCAGCAGUUGGACCAGGUCUACUGGUACCUGAGUGAGCUCUAUGCAACGGCUGUGGCCAAGGCCUCUUGUCUGGCUGAGGUGAAAUCCAUGGAGCGCGUCCCUUUUGUUCUGGAUGUGCUUCUUCCUGAGGCGAUCAUCAAUGCCAUUGCCGGGGUAGACAAAGUUUCCGUAAAAAAGGCAGAAGAAAAGUACCUAAAAGGACGAUGUAUAAGUAACAGAGAAAGACAGGAGUUUGAUCUGAUGAUUGAGCGGCAGAUGAGGAAGAAAUUCUAGACACUUAUGCUAUUCUCCAAUCCUAUCAGUUAUAAAACUGGAAAUUGUAAAAUAAGAGGAUUCCAUGAAAUUAUUUUUUUAUUGCAAUUUAAAAAGAAAAGAAAGAAAGAAAGAAGAAAAAAAAAAAAGAAGGAUUGUUGAUAGUAAUUCAGCCAUACUUGUGUGCCUUGCAAACAAAGAUGAAUUACGAAGCACUGGUUAAGCUCUCCUUUAUGAUAUUUACAGUAUGUGCACGCUCUGGACUCCAAGCAUGCAAACUGGAAACCAUAAGUGCUGGCUUUGACAUUCAAUAAUAAUAAUAACAACCUAAUCAAUUAACUUUAAUUCAUAACUUGUUGGUGACAAUAUGUAAACUACCAAAUUGUGCUUUGAACAUUAUUUAAAAUCUCUUGUCUGCAUUUUCUUUUUAUGCUAGUUUUACAAAAAUACUUUUUUUUUCUUUUUUUAAAAAUUUUGCACUGUUUUUGUUACAGUUUUUACACACUAAGGGAUGGAUAAUGCCAAAUAAAAAAAAACUGACCCUUCCUCACAUUUUGCCAUCACAGUUGUAAUACUGAGCCAAAAAUGUUUUAUUGUGGCCCUGUUUUACAUCAUGAAAGAAAUCUUGUCAGUCUGUACAUUUAGUUCCAAAUCAUUUUGUAUCAUUACAGACAGUGUGCGUGCGUGCGUGUGUGUAUAAAGAUGCUUAAGUGAAAGUAUUACA